GGGUUGCAGGUAUUUUAGUAUAUUCAGAUCCAGUUAUUGCGACACCCUGGCUCUAUCUGCUGCACAAUAUUAUUGUUUCUUUGCAACACGUGCACACGAAAUUGAAUACUUCGAGAAUGAAGGGAGAUCUUGACGAAGCUUCUGGCUCGGAGAGCGAGAAUCAAGAAACGGAUGAGGUUUCCUCUGGUGGGGAGAACGACAGUAAGGAAGAGUUCGAUUUGGCUGCUAGCGACUCUUCAUCAGACCCCGACAGCGAGGAAGAGGAUGAAGUACCAGAAGCCAAGUCUGUAGCAGCUAAAAUAUCUGCAGAUCAAAUACGAACAAAAUACGAACAAUUAAAAGGCACUCGGCUGUAUGUACGCUUCCCACAGAAACUGCCCUUGGAUGAUAAAGAGUUCCAGCUAAAAGCGAAGGCACUAUCCCCACUAAUUAUAAAGGCACAUAAGCCUCGUCAAAAACAUGCACGUUUCUGUUUAGUCGAAUUCGGAUCUAAAAAAGAUCGCGAUACGGCGUUGGAGGCAAUAAAUACUGUUAUAAAAGCCGAUAAAGCUUUUAAGGAUAUUUUAGUAUCUAUUCCAAAAACCGAGUCGGAGGAAUUUGUAAAGAAUUUGGUUGACCGUAAGCAGAAGUCACUGGAAAAAAGGAAGGCCAAGUCUUUAAUGAAACGCGCUACCAAAAAACAGCUGCGCAAAGGGACUUACACAUCUUCCGUUGUAAUAAUCAAUCUACCAAAAACAACUUCAGUUGCACAGUUGCGGAAACUUUUUAAUAACGCUGUCGACAUUCAAAUUAAGCCGGGAAAGGGAAAAUUCCGUGAUUUCAGCGCUGCUACGGUUACUUUACCUUCAACCUAUGAUGCACGUGCUGUCCUCAAGCAGGAUCUGAGCAUUGCUGGUACAAAAUUAAUGUUGCGCUUCAAAACACAAUACCAGAAACAGGAACCCAAACCCUUGAAACGAAAACUGGAGAGUACAGACACCGGAAAAAUCUGCGUUGGAAAAAAAUUAAAGGCGUUGAGUGAAAAUAGCGUAGUCUAGUAGUCUAGCUUUAUUCUUAUGUAUGAAUAUUUGAUUUUAAAUACAGAACUUUAAACUCAAAA